AUGAAAAAACAAUAUCAGAGUAAUUUUAAAAUUUAUAUAAAAUAUAAUAAAUUUCAUUAUUUGCAAAAUAAAAUAAAAUGUGAACAUUUCUCUUCAUCUAACAAAAAGUUAUAUAUGUAUAAUGAAAAAAAAUAUUUCAUUAGAUGUGAAAAUAGAAAUUAUAAUGUGAAUUUUGUACAUAAAAAUAAUGUAAAUUUACCAAAGAUAUAUGACUUUAUUAGGUCUCAAAAAAAAUAUAGAAAAAAUGUCCCUGUUUUUACAAACAAUAAUUAUAAUUUAAACAAUUUAGAAAAUGUAAAAGAUAAUUUGAAAAUGAUACAAAAAUAUAAUUACUGCGUUAAUAUGAAUAGUAAAAGAAAAAAAAAAGGAGAUUGUGCUAAUAACAUUAAAGAAAUAAUUAAAUCCAAUAUAAAAAGUUAUAUAAUUUUAUCAAGAUUACAUAUACCAGACGGAGUUUAUUUAUUAUUUUAUUCUGCUCUAUAUGGUUAUUUUUUAACUUAUAAUGUUGAUAAUCUACUUAUAAAUAAUGAACUCAAUAUAAAGGAAAUUAAUGAAAUAUUUAAAAAUAUAGGACUUUUUUUAUUUGGUAGUAUUAAUAGCAGAAUUGUUGGUUGUAUUAUUAACGAUUUUUUUGAUAAAAAUUUUGAUAGAUAUGUUGAAAGAACAAAAAAUAGACCAUUAGCAAAUAAUACAAUAAGUACAAAAAAAGCUUUAGCAUAUUUUUGUAUACAUGGAUCUCUAGCACUUUUAACGUUAUUUCAAUUUAAUUAUCAAACGAUAUGUAUUGGUUUGUUUUCAACAUUUUUUAUUACAACAUAUCCAUUAUUAAAAAGAAUAACAUAUUAUGCUCAAAUUUAUUUAUCCUUUACUUUUAAUUUAGGGUUUUUAAUUGCAUCUAGUGUUAAUUUAGAUGUUAUUAGUAAUAUUAUUCCGCUUUUUAUAAGCUUUUUACCACUAAGCUUAUUAACAAUCAUAUAUGAUACAAUUUAUGCUCAUCAAGAUAAAAAAGACGAUUUAAAGUUAAAUUUGAAGUCAUUAGCUAUUAAGUGGGAUCAAAAAACUUUAAAAAACUCUAAGUUUUUAGCUUUCAACAUGCUAUACUUAUUUUAUUUAACUGGAUAUCUAUUUAACAUCCAUUAUACAUAUUAUAUUUUGUCUACAUUUAAUAUAUUGUAUUUAUAUUAUAAUUUAAAUCAAUCUUCUUUAAAUGAUAAAGAAAAAUGCAUGAAAUUUUUUAAAAAAAGUAAACAUAUUUUGCUUCUAAUUGCUUUUUCAGCAUUAUUUGCUAAAUCUUGCGAAUUAUGGGAAAAGGGAAAAAAUAAAAAAAUAAAUAAUAAAGAAACACAAAAUGAGGUAAAAAAAACAGACCUAUAA